AUGGCUAUGGAGACAUGUUUUCACAUUCUUUGGCAGUGUCCUUCUGCUAAGGAUGUGUGGAGCAUGGGUAGUAUUAAAAUCCAAAAAGGUAGCUUCUCCGGCCCAGAGUUCAUGCAGGCGGUGGAGGGAAUUUUUAGUGCAUGUACGAAAGAGGACAUCGUCCAGUUUGUGGGACUCGUACGACGAAUCUGGUUGAGGCGGAAUGACGUACUACAUGGGGGAGUGUUUUCCCAUCCUCGUGAACUUGUGCAAAGAAAUUUACAUGCCAUUGAGGAAUACAAGCAGGCACAGGAUGAUGGGGAGGUGGAUAGAGAAGAUGCAGCUACUCUGAUUCCAAUACGAUGGGAAGUCCCAGAUCAUGCUGACGCAAAGGCGGCUUCAAUGGCGGUACAACGAUGUGUGGAGAUGGGCUUCCUGAAGGUUCACUUGGAGGGAGACGCGAAGGGUGUAGUUGAUACUGUAAAGUACACCAAGAAGAGUAAUUGUAGGGAUGGGCAUGUGAUGGAAGACAUAAAGGAAACGGUACGGAUUUUCUUCCAGUGGAGGCUGGAGUUUGUGAGAAGGAAAGGGAACUGUGCUGCUCAUAUCUUAGCAAAACUUGUUGUAGCAAAUUUACAGGAUAGAACGUGGACAGAGGAUUUUCCUUAA